AUACAUUAUUUACAGGGAUAUAAGAAAAAAAAAUGCUCCCGUUCUGCGAUUGUUGAAUGGCGGCCAUAUUAACAGGCGUGUUGGGAUGUGAUGCGCCGAAUCGACCACGCCCACAAUGAGCUCCUUCCUCAUGAACGGUGGAUAUCAACCACAGCCCGAUCCAAAAUUCCCACCCUCCGAAGAAUACAGCCAGGCCGACUACAUACCACCAGGAGAAUACUACCAGCAUCAACACUUACAAUAUGGCUACCAACACCAGUACCCGGUGCAAAUCGGCACGGGAUACGGGUACGGAGGGUAUUACCACCCGAUACCACAACACCCACCUGUGGCACCACCGCCGAGGCCCCCCGAGCCGUCUCAUCCAUCUGAUGCCGAUCAUGGUUAUAUUCCUUCUCAUAAUGAUGCUACUCCAGGAUUAGCAGAGCUUGGUUUAAGGUUAGAAAGACAUAUAGAAGAGGCGGCACCAGCUGGGAGGAAACUUCAGGCCCUAGGCCGCGAAGGCUCCCCUGGGUCCGAAUUGGACGAUGAGAGAUUGCUUCUAGAUAGUCCUCCCGUCGAAGACGAUGAUUCUUCAAUAUGUUCCGAUAAUACAGACAGAGUUAUCUACCCCUGGAUGAAGAAAAUUCAUGUUGCUGGGGCUUCAAAUGGAACUUUUCAACCGGGAAUGGAGCCGAAACGGCAGCGGACGGCGUAUACGAGGCACCAAAUAUUAGAAUUGGAAAAAGAAUUUCAUUACAAUCGGUACCUUACUAGAAGAAGAAGAAUAGAAAUAGCUCACACUCUAGUCUUGUCGGAGAGACAAAUAAAAAUCUGGUUUCAGAAUAGAAGAAUGAAAUGGAAAAAGGACAAUAAAUUACCGAAUACCAAAAACGUUAGAAGAAAAACUAAUCCAGCUGGCGUCACUACGACCACGACUAAAGGAGCCAUACCAAAGAGUAGAUCGAGUAAGAAUACAAAUAAUAACGAUAAGAAGAAAUCGAACAACAAUGGACGACCAGACAGCAUAGAAAACGUAACGGAUAACAUAAUGAACGAAUUACAUUGCGUUGGCGCGCAGCAGAAUAUGUCCCACGAUCCAUCGAUAAGUCCCAUGUCGCAUCCAGGCAGCCAGAUGAACCCUGGACAUCAGAUGACAGCUCAUCACUUACACAUGAUGGGCAUACAUGCAGGCAUGGACCCGUCACUGGUUGCAAAUUUAUCCGCCCACGGUUCACCAGUUGGCAACACGGGUUGCGGAACCGGUAUCGGUACAGGUAACGCGCCAGUCAUAAAAUCAGACUAUGGUCUCACCGCCUUAUAAUCCUUAGAAUGUAAAGAAGAUGCUAUAUUUUCAUUGACGAACUCUCAUCUAAUACUUACCAUUCCUUUGUGUUGAUAACUUGUAAUAAAGUGAUUAUAAUGUAACUAAUUAAGUUAAUAUAAGUUGUGUAAGUAAUACUAGUAAUGUACCAGUCAUAAAUUGGAUGUUUGGUUAGUUAAGUGGAAAACUUUACAAUGUCAAAAGUGUGAUUAUUUUAGGGUAGGCAUAGACAUCUGAGUGGGCUUGUACUUUUAACUUUAAGUCAUUGUCAUGUAAUUGUUCGUACUUCCUUUGUAGCACUAAGUAACAAGUGAAUUAAAAAACGAGUUAUCUAUGGAUUAUAAUUUG